AUGGCAAAACAGUCAUCUGAACUGGCCAUUGCAGAACUGAAGAAGCUUCUCAGAGAGAAGGAGGAACUUAACGCAGGGGCAGCUGAAAAAAUUGAAGAAGUUGUAGCUGUGUUGAACAAAUGUCCUCCUACAUAUGACCCUGCUUUCCAAAGAAUCAUUCUCGGAUUCACUGACUUCAAGAUCAACAAUUUCGACAAAAAUCCGGAUCUGUACUACCAACUUGCCAAUGGGCAAAGCCCUCAGUAUCUGGUGAUUGCUUGCUCCGACUCUCGAGUCAGUCCUUCCGUUAUCCUCAACUUUCAACCUGGAGAAGCUUUCAUGGUCCGCAACAUCGCCAACAUGGUCCCUCCAUUUAAUCAGAUAAGGCACAGUGGAAUUGGUGCAGCCAUUGAGUAUGCUAUCACGGCUUUGAAGGUACAAAACAUUCUGGUUGUUGCACACAGUCGCUGCGGUGGAAUCGAAAGGCUAAUGAGUCAUCCUGAGGAUGGUUCUGCCCCCUUUGACUUCAUAGAUGAUUGGGUGAAAAUUGGCUUGCCAGCUAAACUCAAGGUUCUGAAAGAAUAUGAAGGCUAUGACUUCAAAGAACAGUGCAGAUUCUGUGAAAAGGAGUCAGUGAAUAACUCAUUAGUGAACCUGAGAACAUAUCCAUAUGUUGAAAGCGGAGUAAGGAACAAGAGCAUAGAGCUGUUGGGGGGUUACUAUGAUUUUGUGAAGGGAGAAUUCUCGCUUUGGAAGCAUGAGUCUUACAUCACUGAACCCAUUACCAUCCCUCUCCCAACGCAUCAUCACUCAAACUUGGCACUUUGA